AAACACAAACAAGUGGAGGUGUCGUUUAAUCUUCGAAUUGCAACGCAACAACUGUGAAAUCAGACAACUCCAUAAAACAACAACUGGGCUUAUUAUGGGUUUUGAUCCAUUCACCGCUCUUCUGUUGGCAAAGAGAGAGAGAGAGAGAGAGAGCAUGUGAGAGAGAACGUGGGAAUAAUUGAAUGAUGCUCACAAUUCUUGAGCCUUUGCAGGGAUAAUCCAAUUUUAAAUACUUAAAAUCAAUCGUUUCUCAUUUCUACUCUAUUUGCAGGGAUCACAUGAGGUUGUUGUAUACGUGAGUUCGAUUUGGCCCCCUUAUUUAAAGACUCAAUGCAAAUCGAUGUAAAUUGUAGAUACAUUCAUCCAUUCCCCUUGUUCUAUUCACCAUUUGUUGUCUUUUAAACCUACCAAAUAAAGAUGGCCAAAACCGUUUUUGCAUUAUCAAUCUUGCUUGGAUUCAGCUAUCUUGCUACGACCGUGAAUGCCUACGCGGCUUCUGGCUGGACUAAAGCUCAUGCCACCUUUUACGGAGGCAGUGAUGCCUCGGGAACUAUGGGGGGAGCUUGUGGAUAUGGGAACUUGUAUGCGACUGGCUAUGGAACAAUGACAGCUGCUUUAAGUACCGCCUUGUUCGAUGAUGGAGCUUCAUGUGGACAAUGCUACAACAUCAAGUGCGAUUAUCAAACAGACCCAAGAUGGUGCAUAAAAGGAAAAUCAGUGACCAUUACUGCUACAAACUUUUGCCCUCCAAACUUUGCUCUCCCAAACAAUGCCGGAGGCUGGUGCAACCCUCCACUCCAGCACUUUGAUAUGGCUCAACCUGCCUGGGAAAAGAUCGGUAUCUACAGAGGCGGAAUUGUGCCCGUUUUGUUCCAGAGGGUUCCAUGCAAUAAGCCUGGUGGAGUAAGGUUCACUAUCAAUGGGAGAGACUAUUUCGAGCUCGUUUUGAUUAGCAAUGUGGGUGGAGCAGGAUCGAUCCAGUCUGUGUCCAUCAAGGGCUCUAAAACUGGGUGGAUGGCAAUGUCUAGGAACUGGGGAGCUAACUGGCAAUCCAAUGCCUAUCUCAAUGGUCAAUCAUUGUCUUUCAAAGUCACCACUACUGAUGGAGUUACUCGACAGUUCCUUGACGUUGUGCCAUCAGACUGGGGUUUCGGCAAGACUUACACCAGCAACCAACAAUUCUAAAAUGCUCGAGAGUUGAGGAUUUUGGGUUCAGUUUUAUGGGCAGAGGCGAGCUUAUUAUUCCCUAAAGCUGCCCGCCAUACAUUUCUUGGGAUUUUAUGGGCAGAGAUGGUUGAAAUCCGCAUGGCGGCUAAAUUACUUUAUUGUUUUGUGUUUUCGAUACCACCAUGUUUGGAACUAUUUAAAGAUCAUAAUCGAUUGUGAAUAAGAAGUGCAAUGCAAUGUAAGCGUACGUUGCAGCUGCUCCUGCAAAUUAAUGUAAAUUUUGUUUUUACAAAUUUUAUAUGGUUGUCACUGGAGAUGUUACUUUUGUAAUUCUACCAUUUCUUACAAAUGAAAUGAAUCAUCGGAACCGACAA